AUGUUCAUGCGGAACGGAUGGGUGUCGGAUGCCCCAUUCACGCUCAAUGGAACGAACAUAUCCGAAUGCAUCAGCUACGUUUAUCUGGGUCAGGAACUGAACAUGAUGAACGACCUGACUCCCGAGCUGGGCAGGAGGAGACGAGCGGCUUGGGGAGCGUACAAGAGCAUCGAGGAUGUAGCGAAGUGGACCAAGAAGGCACGGCUACGUGCUCACCUCUUCAACACCACCGUACUUCCUGCUUUGACUUAUGCUUCGGAAACCUGGGCAUUUCGCAAGCAGGAAGAAAACACGGUGAGCGUCAUUGAACGCGCAAUUGAGAGAGUGAUGCUAGGAGUAUCCCGUUUCACGCAAGUGAGGGAAGGGAUUCGAAGUUCUCUCCUACGUCAGCGAUCGAAGAUUAGAGACGCCGCCGCGUUUGCCAAGGAAAGUAAAAUAAGGUGGGCCGGACACGUGAUGCGCUUUAACGACAACCGUUGGACCAGAGCCGUGAGCGACUGGGUUCCUCGCGAUAUUAAGCGCACUACAGGAAGACCGUCGACCCGAUGGUCAGAUUUCUUCACGAAGUCCUUCAAAGAAAAGUAUGAUGCUCUUCGUGUCCCACGCGAAAGGAGGAACCACUGGGCUACUCUGGCACGCGAUCGGGACAAAUGGAAGAAUUACUGGCGCCCGCUCGACCAUUUCGAAGAUCAGCGGGAGUCAAGGUAUCAAGGUAUCUAG